GAGAGAGAGAGAGGGAGUCCAGGCCCAAAUAAAGCCAUGGGGGCCGGGGCAGGGAUGGGCCCCUUUUUGCUAUAAAUACGCUGGCCGCCUGGAGGCUCGGGUUUGGUGGUUGGGGCUUGGGACCGGCGACGACCACUGCUGCAGCAGACUUCCUCAGGGGAUUCUCCUCCGCAUACUCAUCAUCCUCAUCCUGGUCAUCAGUGAUCUGGACAGCAAGGAUGCCUCGCGUGGACGUAGACCUCAAACUGGACUUUAAGGAUGUCCUCUUCAGACCUAAGAGGAGCAGCCUGAAGAGUCGCUCAGAGGUGGACCUUCAGAGGACCUUCACAUUCCGCAACUCCAAACAGACAUACAAUGGCAUCCCCAUCAUUGCUGCCAACAUGGACACCACAGGGACCUUUGAGAUGGCACAGGUCCUUAGCAAACACACCCUCUUCACAACCAUCCAUAAACACUACUCUGUAGAUGACUGGAAAAACUUUGCUGUUAAUCAUCCAGACUGUAUAGAGCAUGUAGCUGCCAGCUCAGGCAGCGGGAAAGCAGAUCUUGAGAAGCUGUGUGCAAUAGUGGACGCUGUCCCUGCCCUCAAGUACAUCUGCCUGGAUGUAGCCAACGGCUAUUCAGAGUACUUUGUGGAGUAUGUCAAAACAGUCAGAGAGAAAUUUCCUAAACACACCAUCAUGGCUGGUAACGUGGUGACCGGGGAGAUGGUGGAGGAGCUCAUCCUCUCUGGUGCUGACAUCAUUAAAGUGGGAAUCGGGCCAGGGUCUGUGUGUACAACAAGAAUCAAGACAGGAGUAGGCUACCCACAACUCAGCGCUGUAAUAGAGUGUGCAGACUCAGCCCAUGGACUCAAAGGACACAUCAUCUCUGACGGUGGCUGCAGUUGCCCAGGAGAUGUAGCAAAGGCCUUUGGUGCAGGGGCUGACUUUGUGAUGAUGGGAGGAAUGCUCGCGGGCCAUGAUCAAUGCACAGGAGAGGUCAUCGAGAAGAACGGCAAGAAAUACAAACUCUUCUAUGGCAUGAGCUCUGACACAGCCAUGAAGAAAUAUGUGGGUGGAGUUGCUGAGUAUAGGGCAUCUGAAGGGAGAACAGUGGAGGUUCCAUACAGAGGUGAUGUUGAGAAUACUGUCCGCGAUGUGUUGGGGGGUCUCCGCUCCACCUGCACCUACGUCGGCGCAGCCAAGCUGAAAGAGCUGAGCAGGAGAACCACCUUCAUACGAGUCACACAGCAGUCCAGCCAAAUGUUCACUUAGCAGGGUGUGUGCAUUCUACACAGGUUGCAUGAUAUGCAGAUUUUUAGACGUGCAAUUGUAAGACAUGGAAGAAGAAGAAGACGCACCCACACCCACAGAGACACCUCUACAUGAGCACCCAACCUGUUUCUCUCAGGAUAUGUUCUGCCAGAUAGCUGUUUAUCUCCUGCUGGUUGUGAUUGAAGUUUAACUUGAAACAUUUUCCCAGAAGACUGACAGUGCUUUAAUCAACUUGAGCCUGCGGCGAGUGCGUUUACAUGCUUACAUAAAUGCAAAUAUAAAAAAGAAUGUUGCCUACACAGUGCAUGUAAACACACUCAGCAGGAGGGAAUGUUAUUUCUGUGAUGAUCAUUUGGGGAAAAACUGCAGAACUGUAUGUUGGAAUGAAUGUGCUUAUCAAUAUGCAAGAUCCAGAGAAGUGACUCUGUAACUGUCAGUGGAGAAAUCAUGUUGCAAUAAACUGCAUGCAGGACCCCCUGCUACUUUCAUUAUCAGUGUUGA